CACUACUCAAACCUAAAUAGACAUGCCCAAAGCACACAAUCUAUCUUGGAUUUUAGGAAUGGCUCUAAUGUUGAUCAACAUUGUAUAUGUUUAGGUUAAGUCAUCUUAGAAGUCAUACAUGAUUAUAAUAAGUGUAAAAGACUGAUGGAGUAUCUACAUCAAAUAAAAUGUUCUCAUUACUAAAAUGUUCUACUCCAUAGUCCAUACAAGAUCCAUUUCUCACUAACAAAAGCUAUUAACCGAUGAUUUUCCUUGUUUGAUGCGUUAUUUUUUUUUUUUUUUUUCUUCUCAUUUUUAGUUGGUUACUUAUCUUAUGUUUUUUGACAAGAUAUAUAUUAUCAUGAGCUUUGACAUAAUACAGACAAUUAUGUACUUCAUAACACACAACAAGAGAAUCUCGACCUCUAUUUCUCCUAAUUUAAAAAAUUGAUUCAAAAAUGUACUUACAUAUUAAAAUAAAUGUCAAUUUAAUUGGUUAACAUAUAAAUUAAUACGGCUCUCCCUGAACCAAACAAAAAUAUGUACAUGUAUAUUAUUCCACAAAUACUUCAUGAUAUCUGUCAAAAAGAAAAUGCUUGAUGAAAUUUUUUUUUUUUAAAAAAAAUAAUACUAAACUUGUUUUACAGAUUAAACUCAAGAAUAAUUACAACUCACAAACAAAACAAAACAAAACAAAACAACUCAGAUGCUAUAAAUUAUAAAACCUCAUUUCGAGAAACAAACAAACAAAAAAUAGGAUAGAAUCACAAAAUCAACAUAUUCAUUUCUCUUGUGAUUUGUGAACCUUCUAUAUUAAUUAAGCCAAAUAUCUUUUAUUUCUUCAUAUGAUUGGUUCACUGUCUGUCAUUCUUUCCUAUAUAGCGUACAAAGCUGUCAACUCACUGAGUAAUUUUCCAUAAAUAUUCCCAGAUCAAGACAAAUCCGUCAGUUUUAUUUCCAUUAAGUUACAAAUCACAAUCGAAGUUCUCUCCCUUUUGACUUUCUAAAUACAAUUCUUUAACAUCUUUUCAAUCAAAUCCAAUAUUCUAAGUAUUAUCAAUCAACCCCAUUUCAAAUCAUACAAUAUAAAUAAAUGGGUUUGGAAAGGGAAGAAGAAGAACCCACAAAAAUGUCAAAAUUAAGGUAUAAUUCUCCUUUAAUUCAAGUAAUAUUAAUAGGUUUAGUAUGUUUUUGUGGCCCAGGUAUGUUCAAUGCAUUAUCUGGUAUGGGGGGUGGUGGUCAGGUUGAUCAUACAGCAGCAAACAAUGCUAAUACAGCUUUAUACACUACAUUUGCAGUAUUUGGGAUUUUGGGUGGUGGAAUUUACAAUAUAUUAGGGCCUAGAUUGACCUUGCUGGCCGGGUCUUCGACGUAUGUGCUGUACGCAGGCUCGUUUGUGAACUAUAAUCACCACCAUUCGCAGGGUUUUGUGAUUACUGCAGGUGCACUUUUGGGUGUGGGUGCUGGUUUGUUAUGGGCUGGUCAAGGAGCUAUCAUGACUUCAUAUCCUACAACUAAGAGAAAAGGGAGUUAUAUUAGUAUGUUUUGGAGUAUAUUUAAUAUGGGGGGAGUUAUAGGUGGGUUGAUUCCAUUUAUAUUGAAUUAUAAUAGGGCUGAGGCUAGUUCUGUUAAUGAUGGGACUUAUAUUGGAUUUAUGUGUUUUAUGGGUGUUGGUGUACUUCUUUCUUUGUGUAUUUUGCCACCUAAUGAGGUGAUUAGGGAUGAUGGGAGUGUGUGUACUCAUAUUAAGUACUCGAAUGUAACAACUGAAGUCGUCGAGAUUUUGAAGUUGUUCUUGAAUUGGAAGAUGUUAUUGAUUGUGCCAACUGCUUGGGGGAGCAAUUUUUUCUAUACUUAUCAGUUUAAUAAUGUGAAUGGGGAGUUGUUUAAUUUGAGGACUAGGGGGCUUAAUAACGUGUUUUAUUGGGGGGCUCAGAUGUUGGGGUCUAUUGGGAUAGGAUACUUGAUGGAUUUCAGCUUUCAGAGUAGGAGGAAAAGGGGAUAUUUGGGGAUUAUGGUUGUUGCUUUGCUUGGAACUGCAAUCUGGGGAGGGGGUCUAGCCAAUCAGUUGAGGUACUCAAGGAAUAAUGUUCCUGAGAAGUUGGAUUUUAAGGAUUCGGGUGCUGCUUAUGCCGGUCCCUUCUUGUUAUAUUUUAGCUUUGGCUUGUUGGAUGCCAUGUUCCAAAGCAUGGUUUACUGGGUUAUCGGUGCUCUGGCAGAUGAUCCUGAGACACUUAGCAGGUACAGCGGCUUCUACAAGGGAGUGCAGAGUGCAGGGGCAGCAGUUGCUUGGCAAAUUGAUGUACACAGUGUCUCGUACCUGAACCAGUUGAUUGUGAACUGGGUAUUGACUACAGUCAGUUAUCCCCUCCUGCUUCUACUAAUAAUGUUUGGAGUGAAGGAUGAAAGUGUAAAUAGAGAACAAUUCUUAGAAGAUAAGAAUGAUAGGCUAAGCAGUUUGUCUUGAUGUUUAUGCUUCCUCUUGACCUUCAGCUUUUCGUGCUAUAUUGUUAUAGUCAUAAUGAAGAAAUGAUGUAAGUUUAGGAAGUAAGUGCACUCCUAGAUGGAGGCAGGUUUCACAUCAAAAAUCAGUAUGCCUAGGACAUGUGCUGACUCGUGUCUGACUUAUAUAUCUGUUAUAUACUUAUAGUGUCAAAUUGUUAAUCAACUUAAUGAAAUAAUGUGUUUAUAAAAAGAUAAACAGUAUUAUUUUUAUCGA